CUGCCAGCCACUUUGUCGCGCGUCGGUGCCCCGAGGAGUUAGCGGCGGCGGCGGCGGCGGCGGCAGCUGCAGCUGCAGCUGCCAGAGAGUAACAGUGACCUCUGAGCAGUGGGAAUUACCCGGCCUGUUGUGUGAGCUGGACAGCCCCAAGAGGGAGACCUCGCUAGGAAGUAAAGGGCGGGGCAGAGCGGUGAAGCCCCUCCCCCAACCUCUUCUUAGUUUGACCAACUCCCUCACCCUCCCUCCUGGUUUUUCCUCCUAGCCCGCUACACGCUGAUCUGCUGCGCAAGCGCACAAAUAAUCGUAGCGCCUCCUUAGCCCUUGGGGCUUGCGGGCUUCUGCGCGCGCUUCUCGUUCUAGUCCUUUGAUUGGUCAGACUGCCCCGCCAUCACGCCUCCCUCUGCUUUCUAGGUUGAGAAGGAAGCGGGGAGGCGGGGCGAAGCCGCGCGUGCGCGAUACUGUUGGUGUCCCUUUGCUGCUAUUGCGUUGCAAAAAAAAUCCUGACUAGGUAGCCUUGGGCCUUUUCUGUGCUAGAGGAGCUAAAGGAGAAAGAUUCCUGCAACUGAAGGGGCAAUCGGGUAGUAUUAAAUUUAAGAUAUUAACGCCCACCCUUACAGGAGCGUGGCGAUAGGAGUGGGGAAGAGCCUUAGCUUUGAGAGCUGAAGAGUGUAAAACCAUUAGUUUUGGGGCCAGGCGUUUUGAAAGGCUUUGCAGGGUCUGUUUUCUGCGCAUUUCUUCCGUGAUUAUUGACUGGUUUAAACACAACCCCUUGAACAAUUCUGAUAAACCUUCGAUACCCGCAGCCCUUCCUUACAGCGCAUAGGAGCCACCAGCGUGCCCAGCACCUGGUCCUUCCGUCCUACCUCUAGAAGAGCCUAGCGCGUGCACCAUCCCCACCCCCUGGCCUCCCUCCCCUCCUACGGCUUCCACGCACUCGCAGUGAUUGUUUUGCCUGCUCCCGCUCCCGCCGCCGCCGCCGCCGCCGCCGCCAGAGGAGCAGCAGCGCUUGUGCAAACGGGGAAGAUGGCGGCCGGCGGCGGCGGAGGCAGCAGUAAGGCCUCCUCCUCGUCGGCCUCUUCGGCAGGGGCCCUGGAGUCCUCGUUGGAUCGAAAAUUCCAGUCGGUAACUAACACCAUGGAAUCUAUUCAAGGCUUGUCGUCUUGGUGUAUAGAGAACAAGAAACACCACACUACUAUCGUCUACCAUUGGAUGAAGUGGCUCCGGAGAUCUGCCUAUCCCCACCGUUUGAAUCUCUUUUACCUCGCCAAUGAUGUCAUACAGAACUGCAAAAGGAAAAACGCAAUCAUUUUCCGUGAAUCAUUUGCUGAUGUCCUUCCUGAAGCAGCUGCUCUAGUGAAGGAUCCAUCUGUCUCUAAGUCUAUAGAACGAAUCUUCAAAAUCUGGGAAGAUAGAAAUGUGUACCCAGAAGAAAUGAUUAUGGCAUUGAGAGAAGCUUUGAGUACCACUUUCAAAACUCAGAAGCAGCUGAAAGAAAAUCUGAACAAACAACCGAAUAAGCAGUGGAAGAAAUCACAAACAUCCACGAAUCCAAAAGCUGCUCUCAAGUCUAAGAUAGUUGCAGAAUUUCGAUCCCAGGCCCUCAUUGAAGAACUGUUGUUGUACAAGCGCUCAGAAGAUCAGAUAGAAUUGAAGGAAAAACAGCUGUCAACCAUGAGGGUGGAUGUGUGCAGCACAGAAACUCUCAAAUGUUUAAAAGAUAAGACAGGUGGAAAGAAGUUCUCCAAAGAAUUUGAAGAGGCAAGUUCCAAGCUCGAGGAAUUUGUGAAUGGAUUAGAUAAGCAGGUGAAAAAUGGGCCCUCACUAACAGAAGCACUGGAAAAUGCUGGAAUUUUCUAUGAAGCGCAGUACAAAGAAGUAAAAGUGGUGGCCAAUGCAUAUAAAACCUUCGCUAAUCGAGUGAACAAUUUAAAGAAAAAGCUGGAUCAAUUGAAGUCAACCCUUCCUGAUCCUGAAGAAUCACCAGUCCCUUCCCCAAGCAUGGAUGCUCCUUCUCCAACUGGUUCUGAGUCUCCUUUUCAGGGAAUGGGAGGUGAGGAAUCCCGGUCACCAGCCAUGGAGAGUGAGAAAUCUGCCACACCUGAGCCUGUGACAGAUAAUCGUGAUGUAGAAGACAUGGAACUCUCAGAUGUGGAAGAUGAUGGGUCAAAAAUCAUUGAGGACAGGAAGGAAAAACCCGUGGAGAAGUCAGCUGUAUCUACUUCUAUGUCUACGAAGCCAACAGAAAGUAUCUCAAAGGCCUCUUCAUGUACCCCAGUGCCUGUGACCAUGACAGCAACCCCACCUCUUCCAAAGCCUGUGAAUACUUCUCUCCUGUCCCCUUCUCCAGCGUUGGCUUUGCCAAACCUGGCUAAUGUGGAUCUGGCAAAGAUCAGUUCUAUCCUUAGCAGCCUAACAUCAGUCAUGAAAAAUACUGGGGUCAGUCCUGCAUCAAGACCGUCUCCAGGAACGCCUACAAGUCCCAGCAACCUUAGCAGUGGCCUGAAAACACCUGCACCUGCCCCGACAACAUCUCACAAUCCUCUGGCAAAUAUCCUCUCAAAGGUGGAGAUCACCCCAGAGAGCAUUCUGUCUGCUCUUUCCAAAACCCAGACACAGUCAGCCCCAGCACUGCAAGGCCUGUCGUCUUUACUUCAAAGUGUUACUGGGAACCCAGUCCCAGCCAGUGAAGCUGCAUCCCAGAGCACUUCAGCUUCCCCUGCCAACACCACAGUCGCUAGCAUAAAAGGAAGAAAUCUGCCCUCCAAUACCCAAUCCUUUAUUCCCAAAAGCUUCAGUUAUUCUCCUAAUUCAUCAACUUCUGAAGUCUCUUCAACAUCAGCCAGCAAGGCCUCAAUUGGGCAAAGCCCAGGGCUCCCAAGCACUACUUUUAAGCUCCCGUCCAACUCUAUUGGGUUUACAGGAACCCACACUACUAACCCUGCUGCCCCACCUACUGAAGUUGCCAUGUGCCAAUCUUCAGAGAUCUCCAAACCAAAGCUGGAGUCCGAGUCCACCUCUCCAAGCCUGGAAAUGAAGAUCCACAACUUCUUAAAAGGUAAUCCUGGUUUCAGUGGCUUAAACUUAAACAUCCCAAUCCUGAGCAGCUUGGGGUCCAGUGCCCCAACAGAAAGCCACCCCUCAGACUUCCAGCGUGGCCCUACUAGCACGUCAGUCGACAACAUUGACGGAACCCCUGUGCGUGAUGAAAGGAGUGGGACACCCACCCAGGAUGAGAUGAUGGACAAGCCCACAUCCAGCAGUGUAGACACGAUGUCCCUGCUUUCUAAGAUCAUUAGCCCUGGUUCCUCAACACCCAGCAGUACAAGAUCACCACCCCCUGGGAGAGAGGAAAGCUAUCCCCGGGAACUCUCCAAUUCUGUACCUACAUACCGACCUUUUGGCCUGGGCAGUGAAUCACCCUAUAAGCAGCCUUCUGAUGGAAUGGAGAGACCAUCUUCCCUGAUGGACUCUUCGCAGGAAAAGUUCUAUCCAGAUACUUCUUUCCAGGAAGAUGAGGAUUACCGAGAUUUUGAGUAUUCAGGGCCUCCACCCUCUGCCAUGAUGAACCUAGAGAAGAAGCCAGCCAAGUCUAUCCUGAAGUCAAGCAAGCUUUCUGAUACCACCGAAUACCAGCCAAUCCUCUCCAGUUAUAGCCACAGGGCCCAAGAAUUUGGGGUAAAGUCUGCCUUCCCUCCAUCUGUAAGGGCCCUCCUGGACUCUAGUGAGAAUUGUGACCGUCUGUCCUCUUCUCCUGGGCUGUUUGGUGCCUUCAGCAUAAGAGGGAGUGAACCGGGGUCUGACCGGUCACCAUCACCGAGUAAGAAUGAUUCAUUUUUCACCCCUGACUCCAACCACAGUAGCUUGUCUCAGUCUACCACUGGGCAUCUCGGUUUGCCACAGAAGCAGUACCCAGACCCUCCUCACCCAGUCCCACAUCGUUCCCUUUUCUCUCCGCAGAAUACCCUUGCCGCUCCCACGGGCCACCCACCCACACCAGGCGUGGAGAAAGUCCUGGCCCCCACCAUUUCCACCACGUCGACGAUUGAGUUUAAGAAUAUGCUUAAAAACGCCUCCCGAAAGCCCUCAGACGAUAAGCAUUUUGGCCAGGCACCCAGCAAGGGCACUUCAAGUGAUGGUGUCAGUCUCUCAAACCUCGCCCAGCCCAGCUUGACAGCCACUGAUCAGCAGCAACAAGAAGAGCACUACCGCAUAGAAACCCGAGUCUCCUCCUCCUGCUUAGACUUGCCUGAUAGCACCGAAGAGAAGGGAGCCCCUAUAGAAACCUUGGGUUAUCAUAAUGCAUCCAAUAGGAGGAUGUCAGGGGAGCCAAUACAGACCGUAGAGUCUGUCCGAGUUCCUGGGAAGGGAAAUAGAGGACACGGGCGUGAGGCUUCAAGGGUGGGUUGGUUUGAUCUGAGCACCUCAGGCAGCUCCUUUGACAAUGGCCCCUCAAGUGCCUCUGAGUUGGCAUCCCUUGGGGGUGGGGGCAGCGGAAGCCUCACUGGCUUUAAAGCGGCACCAUACAAGGAACGGGCACCCCAAUUUCAGGAAAGUGUCGGCAGCUUCCGUUCCAACAGUUUCAACUCAACAUUUGAGCAUCAUCUCCCCCCAUCCCCCUUGGAACAUGGGACACCCUUCCAGAGAGAGCCAGUGGGGCCAUCAUCUGCCCCACCUGCCCCUCCUAAGGAUCAUGGUGGUAUCUUCUCUCGAGAUGCACCCACUCAUCUACCCUCUGUGGAUCUUUCGAACCCCUUCACAAAGGAGGCGGCCCUGGCCCAUGCUGCCCCACCCCCUCCUCCUGGAGAGCACAGCGGAGUUCCUUUCCCCACCCCACCCCCUCCUCCACCCCCUGGGGAACAUAGCAGCAGUGGUGGGAGUGGUGUUCCCUUUUCUGCUCCACCUCCUCCUCCACCCCCUGUUGACCACUCUGGGGUUGUACCCUUCCCAGCCCCACCACUGGCAGAGCACGGAGUGGCGGGAGCUGUGGCAGUAUUUCCCAAGGACCAUAGUUCCCUCCUUCAAGGGACCCUGGCUGAGCAUUUUGGGGUGCUCCCAGGACCCAGGGACCAUGGGGGCCCCACCCAACGGGACCUCAACGGCCCUGGCCUUAGCCGUGUGCGAGAGAGCCUCAGCCUACCCUCCCAUUCUCUGGAGCACCUGGGCCCAGCCCAUGGAGGAGGAGGUGGGGGAGGCAGCAACAGCAGCAGUGGCCCCCACUUGGGUCCCUCACACAGAGACGCCAUCAGCCGGAGUGGUAUGAUUUUGCGGAAUCCCCGGCCAGACUUUCGGCCUAGGGAACCUUUUCUCAGCAGAGACCCGUUCCACAGUCUAAAGAGACCCAGGCCACCUUUUGCUAGGGGCCCUCCGUUCUUUGCACCAAAACGCCCAUUCUUCCCUCCCAGGUACUGAUGGAAACCAAGGGAAAAGCAUUUUGAACAGUCUAGAGAGCAUUGGAAGUAGGAGUUUGGUUUAUUGUUGUUUUUAUUUGUUUUCCUUCCUUUGAUUUAUUUUUUUUAAUGACAAAGGGCCUCCCUUCCAAAUUAAAAAGUCAUACAUGCUUCCAUUUCACUAUUCCAUCCAGUCCUCCUUCCCACUGCACUUACCGACCUUCCCCAAGCUACUUGUAUUUUAAGGCGGGGGGGGGGGGGGCAAAGAGACACAACCAAAGCCACUUCACUUGGCUGGGGGUUUGAGGGGUGGGGAGGAAAACAAAUCUUAUUUUACCCCGUUUAUUGAAGAGUAUUAUUACAUUUGAAAUAAAACUUCCAUCAGUACAGAGAAUAAUAUGUGCAAUGUUGGGAUGUUAUUUUGGGUUUGGCUUAUCACAUAGUCAAUAGAAGGACUCCUGUCCCCUUCUCUCUCCCAUUAAGUAACUGCUGUGACCAGCGUGGCCCCCUUUCCUGUAUGCUCUGUGCGCUGCUGACAGGCUAAAAGAUGUUGCAAGGGAAGAUAGGUGGGAGACCAUGGACCUGUCAAGGUUGUUUGUUUUGUUUUUAAAGACAUACUGAAGUUGGGUUCUUUACCUUUCUCCUAAAAUCUUAAUUAAAAAAAAAAAAUCAGCCUCUUCUAAAGGACUAUCCAUCAUUAACUUUGAGGGAGAUACAGAUCUCAUUCUAUCCUAGUAAAAAUUAUUCUUUAUCCUUGGAAUGAAAGAGCAGGGACUGGCUAUAAUCUCCAGGUUAAAAUAAGGUAUAGCUCCAGUACAGAGUAGAGAAAGGAACCGGUAAGCGGUGCACUGUGACCUGCCCAUCCCUCAUAAACGAGAAUGGGAGACUUUCUGAGGUAGUUUGAUGUCUUGCACCAAGCUCUUGCUUCGUGUCUUUCUUGCUUGCUUGACUUUUUCUCCCUCAAUUUUCACUUCUGCUUUGGCCGGAAAGAAAGUCAUUACAGGUGACAGUUGAUACAAAGACGCAACUAAAGUAUUAUCCCUGUAUUUUUUAAAUGUAAAAGGUAGACAUUUUUACCAUGGUGCCUCCCUAAUGUAAGUGAUACUUGGUGGUGGUUUUUAGCAAGGGUUAACUACUAGGGAAAGGGAGCUGUUGGCCUGUAUCUUUCUUUCCUCCUUGCCCUAGUCCUGUAUUUAGCCCUGUUCUUGGUAUUUCAAAGGAGAGGUUCAGUAGUGUCUUUCAGUGCUUUACACCUCUUUAGGUGUGUCUUAAUGACAAGUGGGUAUCACUGUACUUACCUUUACAGAGAACCAGGAGGACCUGAGAAGUCCAGAUUUACCCCAUUCUACAGCCAGCACAUUUCAAGUCUCAAGCCUUACCCUCACCUUCCACUCCCAAUGGGAAAUAAAGAUUUCUGCCCUUAGUCAUUUUACACGAGAAGGGUGUGCUUUCCUUCUCCCCAAACUGAAAGAAAGGCUUCUUUGUAUUUCUACAACUAGUACUGGGAAAAAAGACAAUCAGUACGCUUUGAGUGUUUAUAACUUUCUAUCUGGGAAUACUGAAAAGCAAAGAUUGCUUUACUAUUAUUUUGUAUUAUUUAGUGUCUUACCCCAAGGUAUACACACUGGUAAUCUCCAGCUAGAUAAGUAAAAAAAAUAUGUGUUGUGGGUUGGGUUUUUGUUUUGUUUUUUAGGGAAUCCUAGCAAGUUUCAUAUUUUAUUCCAAGUGAGCAUAGAACUAACUGUAGGAAGUAUGGGGAUUAUUUUGGAGUCCUCUAGUGAAAUACUAAAGAUGGGGGAGAGUGGACAACGUAGUGACAGAAGAUGAUUCUUUGUGUCAGAAUAAACUUGCUUUUCAGAUAAAGAGCAUGUAAACCAGUUGUGGUCAUAGUUUGGGAGUUUUUGUGUAAUUUAUUCCAUGUUAUUUAUUUGGGCUCACCAGGUGUUCUGUGGUUAGGAGGCUGCAAGUCCUUCAUCUUCCUGAUGCAUUUCUGGUCUUAAGUCAACUGUUCUUUGACCCUCUCCAGCCUCUCCGCCCUGUAGCUCUCCCCACAAAAAUGCAUGAUACCAUGACCUUGUGUGUGGGAUGGGGUAUAUAGUGUAGCAAAGAAAAGAAACAAUAUAGUUACCUUGAGUCCUGAGACAUUUGUUUAGGGGAAAGUGUGAUCAAGAGUAAGGGUGGGGUGGGGGCGGAGGGUGAGGGAAGAGUUCUAAUUGAUUCAAAAUUGAAACUUUUUUUUUGCAGAAAUUAAGUGGGAUGUUUUUCAUUCUAGAAUAAAAGAAUGUGAAUUCUUUCUGCUGCUCUUGUUUAAGCUAAAAGUAGUGUUUACUUGAAAAGGCUCUCUGACCAUUUGAUUUUAUCAGAAAAUGUGGGGUUGUCAGGGAAGUGGCUUCCUGAAUGUUGGGGCAGGGUAAUUGUCCUCAAAAGCAUGAUGACUAAUACAUGAAAGGAAGACCUUGUUGUACAGUUUAAAAGAUGGACUUUAAAGGGUUGGGGUUUUUUUGCAGGGUGUUUUGCUUUUUAAGCUACAAAAUCCUCAUUGAGUUUGUUUCGGGACGGAAGUGAGGACUUGUUUGUGACUGUCAGCUGUUAACUUUAAGGAAAUCUGUCUACAGCAGUAAACGAAGACAACAAUGUAUAUAUGUGAUAUAGUGAAACAAAAAGACAAUUCUGGUAUUCAUAACAUGAAACAAGGGGUUUUUAUCCUUUCUGUGUCUGUGAUUUAAAACUCCGUGCCCAUGCUCUGACUUUUGUAUUUCAACCUGAGUUUAAAAAUAUAAUAAACAAUUUUUUUUUUAAGAAAGCAUAAUAUAGUGUGUCUUGGCAAGGACAUGAUUUAUAUGAAAGCAGAAUAUGCGAGGUUGUUACUAUGGUCCUUGGUGCUCACUGUAAAAUCACAGACAGAGAAUUGGGGGGGGUGUCAUGAAUACACUGGUACCACUUAAUUCAGUGAUAGUAUCAGAAAUCAAGUCCUUAAGUAUUGUAUAAGAGUUUACUCUUCGGUCAGCUUAGAUGAGAGCCCUCUCCCUGCUCCCCUCUACCCUCCCAAAAGAUGAGCAUAAAUAGAUUUUAGUUUGAUGCCAGGGAAGGUAAAAUGAUCAAGAGAGUAGGACUUUUAUCCUUUCCGAUCCCAGGAAUACAAUGUUUGUGAUUCACAUGGUACAGCUAACCUAUCUAGAUGAUGUGAAUAUGCUAGACUUCCUAAUUGCAGAAUAUUCACUAUCAAUCCUGAAGUUACUGGUUCAUGCAGAAUUAAGCUUCAGCUGUUAAUUGUUUUGAAGCCGCUGUAAAUUACUGCUUUUCCCCUUUUUUCCUCCCCCACCCCCUUUUUUUAAUGGGCGGGGGUGCCUGUUAAGAUUAAAAUUAGAUAUGUUGGAUGAUAUUCUCACGUGUUCAGUGUGGAAAACAAAACAAGUACAUGCUUUAGAGGCAACGACAAUGAAAUCCUUUUGAAAUGUGUAUUAAUAUCAUUUAAUAAAAUAACUAGUUCUGAAGGUUUGACAUUUUUCUUUGAGAUUUGGGGCUUUGACCAAAGGCUCCUGACUUCUGUGGUGAGCACAACUAGGAGGGAACGUCUCCAGGAGCUGAAACUGCUGCUUUGUGGAGCAGGCCUAUGGUUGGAAAAGCUAAAUUUUCUCCAGCAAAGACCCUUCUACUUGACUGUCCAGGGCUGAAGGUGAAACCAACGACAGGAUGCAGAAAGGAAGCCUGGAUGUAUCUCUGAAGAUCCGAUUGUAUUGGCUUUUGGUCUAAGUGCAAGGGGGUUUGAGGGGACUGUGUCUGCUCCUGCACAUCUCUGAGGCACACCGAUACCACAGACCACCCGUCUUGUCCCUUCCUUGUGACCACUCACACUUGGCUCUCUUCCAACCUUUCCUUUUCUCUUUUUUAUCUUUGUCCCCAAUAGUAUGUUUUUGUUUUCCAGUUUAAUAAAGUAUGGUUUCCUUUGUUGUGUGGUUGACUUUCCCCCUCUCACACUGAUCUUACCCAGGUGUCCCCUUUGACUUAAGCAUUCAGUGUCACUGAAGGCAAUCUGAGCCUCUCAGAUCUCCA